AUGCUCGGUGCCGGAAUCCGCGUCUACCGUGAUGACGAGGAGCUCCGCGUCGGCAGGGAGAUCAGCGGCGAGCUCAUGCGGGCGCUCGACGUGUCCAAGAUCUACGUGCCCAUCUUCUCCAAGGACUACGCAUCGAGCUCGUGGUGCCUCCGCGAGGUCGCCCACAUGGUGGACUGCGUGGCUCGAUCGAAGGGGAAUAAGGAGAUCUUGCCGGUGUUCUUCGACGCGUCGCCCUCGGAUGUGAAGCUCAGGACUGGGCUGUAUAGGAAUGCCAUGGCCAAGCACAGGAAGAAGUUUGGGGAUGAGGAAGUGAAGAGGUGGGAGGAUGCUCUUGUUGAAGUUGCUGAAUUGAAGGGAUGGGACCUCAAAACGAGAGGGCAUGGGGAAGCUAUUAAGUUGAUCAUCCGAGAGGUUUUGGUAAAGUUGAAGAUAAAGCAUAAGUAUGUGAAAAAUCAGCUGGUUGGAGUGGAUGAUCGUGUAGAAGACAUAAUGAAGCUGUUGGAUGUUGAUUGUGAAGGUGUUUGUUUUGUUGGUAUUCAUGGGAUGGGCGGUGUUGGCAAAACAACUCUUGCGAAGGUUGUCUUCAACCAGAUCGGGACAAGAUUUCGCAGCAAAAAGGUCCUCAUCGUUUUGGAUGAUGUUGAUAAGGAAGAACAACUAGAGAAAAAAGAUUAUCCACCAUAUCAAUACGAUAUUCCUGCAUCAGAAAUUGUUGUCACAACCAAAGGGCUUCAUUUGGCUCUUGAGGUCAUAGGCUCAUUUCUCUAUCGCCAACCAGAGAAGAUAUGGAAAGAGACUGUGGAGAGGCUAGCAAGAAUACCUCGUAAGGAUCUCAAAGAUCUUGGGAGGCAAAUUGUUUUGAGGGAGUGCUUGCAUGAUCCUGGAGAGCGUAGCCAGGUGUGGAUUUGUGAGGAAGCCGUGGACAUUGUAAGAACAAAACAGAGAAAGAAAAAAGUUCAGGCACUCAUAUUAACUGGAAGUGAUUAUCAACCACUUGUAAUUACGCAUGACGAACUUAGUAGGUUGCCCAACCUAAGGUUCCUUGAAUUAGAGGAGGGAACCUUUGCCAGAGACUCUAGGGAUGAUUUUUCGAAGUUAAGGUGGAUUUCUUGGUAUUCUCCUAGGCUCCUUGAUCUUGAGGUAACCAAUCUAUCUAUGAAGAAUUUGGUUGUCUUUGAGAUCGUUGCAGGCAGCAUCACAGAUGACUGGAGCGGAUGGAGCCUAAUCAAGAUGGCAAAGAAUCUGAAAGUUCUAAACCUCAGAGGUUGCGAAGGCAUAACUAGAACACCAGACUUCUCUGCAUGCUUCAGUCUAGAGAGGUUGAGUUUCUACAAUUGCAUAAACUUGGUUGAGAUUGAUCCCUCCAUUGGGAAGCUAAAGUGCCUGAUUCACUUAAAUCUUAAAGAGUGCCUCUCUCUUAAGGAUUUGCCUGAAGAAAUUGGAAGGCUUACGAAUCUGAAGCUCCUUGCUUCUAGUGGAUGUUUUCUGAAACUCCCGGGUUCAUUGAAGGAGUUGGAUCUGUCAAACAUACAAAUUGAAUGCCUUCCUGAUUGUAUUGGUGAUAAGAAGUUUCUAUCUGUCCUCAUUCUAAGUACUAAAAUUGCUGAGUUACCAGAUUCAAUUGGAAAUCUCAAGAAAUUGAAAGUGAUAGCGAUGGAGAAUACUCCAAUAAGGAAAUUGCCCAGUACUAUUGGAAUGUUAAAGAAUCUGGAAGAGCUCCAUGCUAGUGAUUGUGAAGAAUUAAUUGGUGGAAUUCCAAUUGAAAUUGGCGCAUUGUCCUCUUUGAAAGUUCUCAAACUAUUAGGUGCUCAUAUUUCUGAGUGCCGACAACAAUCAAUCAUAUUCUCUACCUUGAAAGACUGGAGUUGA